AUGAACGAUCUUGGAAAUAAGCAAAACGAAUCGACCAAGAUAGAAGAAUUGUCCGAACCACAAUUAAACGACACGAUAUCCAUUAUGCAAGACCCUUUGUCGACGUCAUGCCUUGUCCAAAAUUCCCUGCCAAUCGCAGUACCCGUUGUUUCAAGUGAUGUUGAUUUCACACCGUCGGACUUCUUACAACAGGGCUCAAAGUUCAGCAGUCAUACAGAUUUCGUGGUGGCAGUACAAGAAUAUGCGAUGCGUCAGGGUUUUACGAUGCGACUACAUAAACUGAAAAGAAAUCGAGAGGGUGACGUUCGGUGGAGAGAGAUCGUGUGUUCGCGUAGUGGAAUUUCAUGCAAAAAGAAAGUUGGUGAACGACCAACUCGUAACCGUCUAUCCCAAAGAUGUCGAUGCCCAUUUCUGAUUCGGGCUUCGGCCAAUGGAGUCUCCGGUUUGUGGGAAGUCAUUUCCACGAAUUUUAAUCAUAAUCAUGAGCUCGUGUCAAAUUCCAAAGCAUCUUGA